AUUCAUCAUGCAGGCAUGAACAGACAGAAACACCAAUGAUGCCAUCAAAAUACUCUCUCCUUUAAAUAUCCCAUCUCCUCCACCUUCAUCGGCCAAAAAGUCCAUGGAAGAAGUUUGGAAAGCCAUCACCCUGCCUUCUCUUCCCGAACAAUACCCCACCUCCGUCGGCGGAGGCGGCAUCACCUCCUUUAACAACCAUGGACUUUCUAACAUGAUCCUUCAGGACUUCCUAGCAAGACCCUUCAACAAAGACCCACCAAGAAGAGGUACUUCCAGUGACACUUCCCUGCCGCCGCCACCACCGCCUCCUCCUCAUCCCGCUGCCACGCUGUUGAGCUUGAACUCCGCAUCUGAUUUUCAGUGCAUUGAAAUUGGCGAUCCCGGGAGACAAAACCCAAAAUUCAACGGCGGCGCUCCGUACCUUGAGGCUUUGGGUUCUCCAACCGUUUCCCCUUCACUCUACAAGAAAAGGGCUCAACAUAUUAAUGAUAAUUUCCACGAUCGGAGACAUAAACGCAUGAUGAAAAACAGAGAAUCAGCUGCUCGUUCCAGAGCCAGAAAAGAGGCUUACACAAACGAAUUGGAACUUGAAAUCGCUCAUUUACAGGAAGAAAAUGCCAGACUCAGAAGGCAGCAAGAGAAGUUCCUAGCAGCUCCUGCUCAGCUGCCAAAAAAGCAUUCUAUACAAAGAACCUUAACUGCUCCAUUUUGAGAAGUAAAAAUGCAGCCAGUUUCUUUCAUCUUUUUGCCUUUUGCUUUUGUAAAACAAAGAGAUGCAGAUGCUCUUUCUAGGAUGAAAAUGUAGCCUACUAUUUUUAUGCAAUGCUUAGUACAACUCUCAAAAUGGAUGUAAAGAGGGAAAAAAAAGGGAAGAUAGGGGGGAUUGAAAGCAGCAGGACAAGGGUUGGAAUUUUUACUGUUCUAUAUCCAUUCUGGAAGCCUUGUCCUUCUGUGACCCUGCAUUUCUUGUACUCCUUCGUGUAUUGACUUGUUUUAUUGGACCAGACCUAAGUUUUAGUACUUU